AGCCCCGCCCGGCCGGGGUUUCCCCGCCGCCCCCGGGCUGACGCAGCCGGUCCCUCCGGGGGCGGCCCCUAAGGGCCGGCGGCCGCCGCUCCGCGCGCACUCCAGCGGGCCGCGCCGCCGAGCACCGACCCCAUGGGACCGGCGGCAGCGCGGGCGGGCCGGGCGCUCUUGCCGGCGGCGCUGCUGGCGCUGGCGCUGAGCCCGGGGCCCGCGACCGCCCUGCCGUGCGGCGCCGACUGCCCGGCGGGUACCUUCGUGGCGAGCGGGAGCUGCAGGCGGGGCGCGGGCGCGGCCUGCAAGCAGUGUCCGCCCGACACCUUCUCCAGCGCGGCGGGGCUCCGCGGCUGCACGCUCUGCCGGAAGUGCGAAGGAACAUUCAGGUAUUUAAAAGUGUGUUCAUCAAACAGCGAUGCUGAAUGCACGUGCAAGGAGGGCUAUCGCUGCAGCGGCGACGGCUGCUCCCGGUGCGACCGGAGCUGCGGCGUGGGCCAGGAGAACACCGGGAGGGGUUGCCAAACAUGCCGCUAUGGAACUUUUAACGAUCAACCCAAUGGCUCCUGUAAAAACUGGACAAAGUGCUCUGCAAACCAGGUCCUGGAGCCUGGAACUGCAGCAAAAGACGUCAUUUGCAAAGACGCUUCAGAUAAUCUCACAUUAGUCACUACUCUACCUACCACAUCUCCUGCAAUUCCACUUUCUGUCACUGUGGCAGGGGAGGACCUUCAGAUGGACAUUAUCAGAAUUGCGCUUGCUGUAGCUGGGCUGUUGUGCGUAGUGUUUCUGCUACCUUCAUGCAUAUGCUUCAGCGUCUGGCAGAAAAAGAAACUACAUGCUGUCUUCAAGAAAAUGCGUACCACACCUGAACAGUCAAUUCAAGAAGAUGAUGCCUGCAGCUGCCGUUUUCCUGAGGAAGAACAAGGUGAAUAUCGAGACCAUGGCAAAUCCACAGAAUUCAGAGAACUUUUAAUGAACUAGGAAUUGGACUGUCCAGGUCAACUGCAACUGAAUUUCCUUUUGGUAUGCAGAACAAGAACCUGUUCACAUAAAUAGAGAGGGUAGCAGAAUCUGUGAAUUUCAGAGUGCUAAAUAGCCCAGCCACUAUGGAAAAAGUGCCUCUUUUCCAUCUCUUAAAUAAAUAAAUAAAUCAUCAAUCUAGCUUGCUGACUUUCUUCCUUUAGGACUAGGAAUUUUAUUUCUAAGAAGCAGUACUUGCUCUACAUACAGAAAGAAGUACUGCACUUAGAAGCAGUAAUAGAAGGGCAGAAUGGCUUUCGGGUCCCUCUUAUAAGUGGUGCCUGAGCCAUAAUUUACAUGCAGUCUGAAAGCAUUUGACAGUAAAAAGGAGAUCUGUAGCACAAAGUAGAGCCACACGAGACGCUCAUGGUCUCUAUUACCAUUACCAGGCAUCCUCUUGAGUCUAGAGCUGCAGCUCCUUCUGAAGUGUGGCUCAAAGCCAAUGGCCGUGGGUUUCCUGUGCAAGUACAGACAGACUUUAUUUUAGAUCCCAUCAGUCCUAGAAACAGAUCCCUGGCCUGACCACUGCACACCUCAUGUAGGAGAGAGGAAGCCAUAAAAAUCUAGAGCUGCAAAGUGUUUCAUAAUAGCUUGUGGGUGCUGUUGUAUUACACUGAUUGGCUUGAGAGAGGCAGUGGAAACGCAGAAAAGCUGUGGUUGACUUGAUGUUAGAAAUAGAUGUUACUGUGCAGCUGGACGGCACCACCUUCAGUCAUGCAUCGUUCAACUUUGAUCUUUUAGGCGAUGUAAACAUUAUGUACGUUGCAAGUGUGAUACGUGUAGAUGUGAUACAUUUCUGGUACUAUUUUUGUAACUCUGAGGUUGGAAAGACUUUACACCAGCCACCCUAUCUAUCUCUUUGAUCAAUUACUGUUACUUUGGUCUUGAAGAGAAGAAAAUGCACGUUUGAGUCAUGGCACUCACAGCAUCAUUUUUAACCUUUUGCAAACCCAAGUGUUUUAUGUCUUCAGUAAAUGUUACUCAAAAAAGAGAAUGAAAACCCACCAAUGGGUCACGUAAGGGGUGAUUUUCCCCUCUGUGUGAUUUCAACUUAGAGGAUGCAAUUCAUAUGUUUGAAGAAUGACAGCCCAUCUCUCCAUUUACCAGAAGGUUACAACAGCAGGUGAUUCUCACCAAACUGCACUUACACAUUUUGAUAAACUUGUAUACAAGUAAAUGUAAAGCAGUAUGUGAGAAAAUAAAUGUCAUACCGAAGCCUGAACUGUGAAGUUAAGUAUAUUUAAAUAAAUCUUUCUUUUUAUGCCUAC